AUGCUAGCAGGGCCAGAAGAUGCUGCCUGCUCCGGCUUGGCACACCAGGGCAGCUGCAUAUAUCCAAAUGCCACGAUUUCUACCAUUCCAAAGGCCAUAGCCACCACGAAUCAAGAUCACAUUAACGUCGCGCAAGAGUUCAGCUCUACGCUACACGAGCUACGAAAUGGAAGGGCGAAAUUGACACAAUCGCAGGAUAAAGCUAUGGCCGUCAUGGUAUAG